AUAUAUAAGAAUAUUUGUUCUUUCAUGAUCUUUAUUAUAUACCAUGCUUUAUUGAGUAAAAUUAGGCUUAAAAAUGAAUAAAUAUAAUAUACAUAUAUAUUACACACCAGGGAUUAAUAAAGAAGACAAAGUCUGAAGUUUGAUCCACUUGUACUUCUUGCUUUCUGUUCCUCUUUCGGCUCAUUGCACCGUGAAUACUAACACAUUAAACCCCCGAAUGAUGACGUUGGAUGUGCUUGAUCAUUACUUUUUCCAGGUGGAUCUCAAAAUGACUUCAAGUAAAGCGACAUUGUACCAAUGGCAUCCAGCACAGAUAAGAUGGAAACAAAUCCUAGAGGCAUCCCGCGAUCUCCUUUUGUGGAACGCGUAGAAGACUAUGUCUCGGAAGCAGAACCCGUCGAGGUUGUCCUGAAGAAGUUCCAGGAGGCAGUUAGCAAAUACAAAUUUAUGGAAGUCAACUUGCUACAGCGUAGAAAGGUGUUAGAAGAAAAGAUCCCCGAGAUUGAAAAAACUUUGGCUAUGGUUGGAUUUUUGACCGAGAAACAGGCAACUGAUGAGCCAGUCUAUACCGAUUUCGAGUUGAAUGAUACUCUUUAUGCACAGGCCAAGUUGGAGGCAACGAACUCUGUAUACCUUUGGUUAGGUGCUAAUGUUAUGCUCGAGUACACAUUUGAAGAAGCUACUGAUCUUUUGGGAUCAAAGUUGCAAACUGCAAAGUCAUCUUUGAGAAAUACAAUCGAGGACCUUGAGUUCUUGAGAGAUCAGAUCACAACAAUGGAAGUCAACACAGCGCGCGUAUAUAACUGGGAUGUUAAGCAGAGACGUCUGGUACGACAGGCUACAGAAUCCUCUUAAGAGAUUAAAGAAUCUACAUUGUCAACAAAUAAAGUUUAGAGAAUGGAAGAUGCUGUGGUUGGGAAUCCUUUUUGAAAAAAUUAGCGGAGUUUCUCUGUCUUUGGAAAAUGAGAAUUGCAAAAAGGGAACUUCUCUACAGCCCACAC